AUGGCAUUUGGCUGGUCAGAAGCUCGCUCUCUCCUCCUCGUCUUUGGUCCCAUCCUCCUCCCCAAGGCCAUCGCAGCCUACAAAUCAAUCCGCAAUGCCUCCCAACACAGCGGCGAACCGAUCCCCCCUCCGCCCCGCAUAACCCGCGCCCUCGCCAUCCUGACGGCCAUCGUCCUCGUCUACCUCGUCAAGACCCUCCCGCUCUUUGCACCCGAAAACCUCUUCACACUCACUCAGUCACGCCUCCAGAUCCCCGUCGACGUCCUCUUCAACCGCCUCUCCUCCCUACGUUCGGAAUCCGCCCUUACGGCCGCCGACGAGCGCCUCCGCGCCCGCUUCGUCAACCUCGAGUCCCGCCUCCUAUACCUCCAGCUCGGCCCCGCCGCCCUCGCAGACUGCCCCUUUUGCAAAUCCGAGGACCCCAAAUCCUACUUUUACUACGCGCUCCCCGCCAUCGUCCUCCCGCACCUUGUCAACCUCAUCGCCCUCGCCGCCGUCACAUCUUCCACCUUCACCGGCCGCGACGGUGCCCGCUGGCGCUCCCACGCCACCAUGGCCGCCGCCGCCCUCGCCGCAGCAGACGCUGUCCUCGUGGGGCAGUACGAUUACUCCGCCAACGCCGCCGCCCUCCGCCUUCAGGACAUGGACUUCUUCUACUGGAAGGCCCGCGCGCUACGGUACGUCGCCCUGGCCCUCCUCGACGUCGGAGUCGGCACCCUCCUCUUCCUCUCCGGCACCCGGCGGGCUUUUGUCCUCCCGCCCUCGGAGGCCGAGCGCAUCGAGGCGAGCAACCGCGCCCUGACAACGGUCAAGAGCAAGCUGAGUGCGCUGGGGAUUGUCAAGAACACGACCUUACGCGACGAGGAACUGCGCGCGCGGAGUCAGGCGUACUGGCUGCGCGAGGGCCAGAUGGUGCGCGAGGCUAUGGAGGAGAGGGAGGUUGUCGAAAGCGUCAACGACGCGCUGGAGAACAGGAUCAACAUACAGCAGGUCACGAGCGACGCCGAGACGUACACCGAGGGCGUGUUUAGACAACCGGAAGGACCAGCGCAAUGA